GUUGAUGGGCAGCCUCCUGCCACUCCCUACCCACCUGUGAUCCCAGCUUCCCCAGGCCUGGGGCAGGGGGAGGAGAUAGGUGCUGCUUCCCAGACUCCUACCUACAGCUGCCUUUGGAAGGCUGAGAGAACCAGGAGCCUCAGGUUGGGCUGAGAAGCCUCAGCUUUUCAUGGAGGUGAAGACAGUGCUGACCAGGCAGCAAGAGAGGCUGGGCCAGGAAUGGGACUGGUCUUUACUGUCGUGCUGCCUGUUCCAAGAGGAUGUGGCUCAAGAAGGCAGAUACUGGGUGACCUAGUUUCUGGGAAGGUGGAGACAAGAACAAGCCUGGACCAUGGGUGUGGCUGUCCCUCUACCACAAUCCUGAGACUUCCUUGGGGAGCUAUCAGGGGCUUUGGGGAUGUUCUGGGACAGACCUGGGCACUAGAACUUGCUCAGGGUAGGUUCUUUCUCUUGCCCUCUGGGGGGUCUCCAUGAGAAUGGGAGUCAGGAGUUGUAGCAUCCACUCCAUGGAGGGGGUGGGGCUCAGUUAUAGCCCAGCCCCUUCCUGAACCAGGGCCUCAAAUAGUAGCCAGUGCCCUGGGGCCAGAGCCAGUUGUCAACUAAGACCGGGCAAGUCUGUCCAGGGCCAGCCACAGGCCCCCAGAAGGAACCUGUAUCCCUCCUUGGACCAGGACCCCUGAGCCUCUGACACCGCCUCUUAUCCACAUCCAGGUAAAUUUUGAGGCCGAGUUGAACUGGGGACUGGGUGGGAAUGGCAUCCUGACUUGGGACCUCAGUUUCUCCAUCUAGUGGGAGACUGGUCAUGGGGCUAAGAACCCAUCCUGAGACCUGGAAAGUGCAGUAGAAUGUGCUUUUGCUCAGGCCCGUGCUGGGCCACAGACCCCUCCUGGACCAUAGCUGGGUGAGGAUUGGUGUUACUGGCCCAUUCCAUCUGUCCUUUCCAGCCCACUUCCCUGGUGCCAUGAGCAGGCCCUGGGUCCUGCUGGCAAUGCUCUGGGCACUGUGGGCCAUAGGGGCAGCAGCGCUGCGCAUUGGAGCCUUCAACAUCCAGAGCUUUGGUGACAACAAAGUGUCUGACCCAGCCUGUGGCAACGUCAUCGCGCAGAUCCUGGCUGGUUACCACAUCAUGCUGGUACAGGAGGUGCGUGACCCGGACCUGAGCGCAGUGUCAGCGCUCAUGGAGCAGAUCAACAGCGUGUCGAAGCAUGAAUACAGCUUCGUGAGCAGCCAGCCUCUGGGUCGGGACCAGUACAAGGAAAUGUACCUGUUCAUUUAUAGGAAAGACAAAGUGUCGGUUGUGGACACUUACCAGUACCCAGACCCCGAGGAUGCCUUCAGCCGCGAACCUUUCGUGGUCAAGUUCUCAGUCCCUGCCACAGCUGUCAAGGAGCUGGUGUUGAUUCCACUGCACGCUGCGCCACACCAGGCGGUGGCAGAGAUCGACGCCCUCUACGACGUGUACCUGGACCUGAUUGACAAGUGGGGCACCGACGACAUGGUUUUCCUGGGCGAUUUCAAUGCGGACUGCAACUACGUGCGGGCACAGGACUGGGCGGCCAUCCGACUGCGCAGCAGUGAGGUCUUCAAGUGGCUCAUCCCGGACAGCGCUGACACCACGGUGGGCAACUCCGACUGUGCCUAUGACCGCAUUGUGGUGUGCGGAGCCCACUUGCGCAGGAGCCUGAAGCCUCAGUCAGCCUCGGUGCAUGACUUCCAGGAAGAGUUUGGCCUGGACCAGGCCCAGGCUCUUGCCAUCAGUGACCAUUUUCCAGUGGAGGUGACCCUCAAGUCCCACUGACAGCCCUGUGGCUAGGCUAGGGCACAUCACCUGCAGACUUGGCAGCACUGUGGAUCAUUUGGGGUAGCAGAAGAAUGAAUGCAGGGAAGGGUCAGCUGGGUGUGAAAGGGUGGCACAGUCACAUUACAGUACUACUCAGAGCCUCAGUGUCCCAUCUGUAAGAAGGGCUAACACCACCUACCUCAGAGGGUUGUUGUGAGGAGUACCCUCCAAAGUUGCCUAGCUAGUGCCUGGAACAUGUUUGGGUAAUAAAUAAGCCACUGGGCCAGGACCACUCUU